AUGCCCAAGAGCCUGGCGGCAUUUGCAGCUGCUUUGCGUAGUAAUCAAAAACGGCCGACGCUCCCGUCAUUACCUGAUAAUUGGGUGCAACAAUCAGUAGCUGUGAUCGUGCCUACAGAGCCAGGCUGCUCGAGGUGGCUUUCGUGUUCAUGUUGCCGGAGACAAGUUGUGCAACCCGAAGUGGAAUCAAGAUACCCAAGAGUGUCCGACCCGGAAGUCACCUUUGCUCGCUCGAGCUCAAAUCGUGUCGCUCAGCCGAGAUCGUUGAGAUCACAAACAUCGACGUCUGCGCCCCUUCGAAAGCGUACCCCGUUUCCCUCUGUCACCCCUCCCUCUGGAAGCAAAGAAUUCUCCUCCUCGAGUCAUCACCCAACCCCAUUCCGGCGGACAUUCUUCACGUCCAAUCCUCUACACGGGUCAGAGUAUGCCCCCAUCCCCCCAUCAGGGGUUCCCAGGCUUUCGCCCGAAGAAGAACGGCGCCCCAUACUAUAUCCAGAUCCCAAUCCCAGAAGCACCCCCCAUCUACCUUUGCCCCCAACUCUACCUUACUCGCCAGACUCGCACCCUUUCAAGAGGCAUUUGUCAAUUUUGUCGCUAUCAAUCGUAGCAUCGCAUAGCGACGAAUCGUGGGCAGUUUACUGCGCCAUUCACGAUGAUCUUCGGAAGUACAUUCCCGACAGCACGUUCCGAGCAUUGCUGCUUAAACAAUGCCAAGUGAAAGAGAAUUCUUUGGCAGAGCAGUGGGCAAGGGUCAAAGAACUGCUCAAGCUCGGAAAGGAGUGCGAUAUGACUUUGGAAGAUAUGGGAUCCGAGGUCCUGGAAAAAGCGCUAGAAAUGGGUGUUGACGCUGCUUUGGCAGGCGAGACGAGAAAGGAAAGGAAGCGUCUACGUCAGAUAUGGUUUGCCCUCACCAAUUCUCUCCCCAACCUCAGCAUUGUGCCCCUCGCCACCCGAAAGAGAUGGUUGCAGCUUCAGGAGCGCCUCCUUAUCGAUCGUUCCGAAUGUACUUCAAAACCAUCACUUCUCAAUCAAUCCACUUUGAUGGAGGAAAGUGCCUUGAAUAUGGUUGAGCGAGGCGGGGCGGGGGGAGUAGAGACAUGGGUGGCAAGAGUCUUGAUCAGAUCUCGGGGAAAUGCAGGGGACGGCCCCAGGCAGAUAGUGCGCAACCUCCUCUGGUGCGGUGUCAAGAAGGCUACGCUCCCGAGAACGUAUCUUUACGAUGCCGUGUGGGGAAUGGUGCGUCGAUGGGACGCAAAAGAGGACCGAGUCGCGCUUCUCCAGGAAGAAUUGAAAGCAAUCUUGGAAGAAGUCGAAGCUACCGCUGGCUCUAUGGCAGAAGUCGAAGCGCUGAAGGUCAUGACUCGCGUCAUAGACCAGCUCAGGCGGCAUCACGAACAGGUAUCCAUGACUCUGGCCGCUCUGGAUGAAGGCAAAAUCGACUACCCUGCCCAAAUCUACAAGGGCGUCGAGUUUGCCUGGAAGGCGAAAGACAGUGAAGAGAAAGAAGCCAUCAUACAUCUUGAAGGCGCGUUCCGCCUUUUCCAGGCUUGUCUAGUCCAUCGGGAUGCCGAUCCUACUCCAUUGGUCGCCUCACUCUCUCACUCGCUCCUCCAGCUUCGUCCACGGUAUCCCAAACCGAUCGAUCAGAUUAUUGUUCCCUUCGCCCAGGCCGUCUACCAAGCUCGGCUGUUCUCUACCCUCCCACCCAAAAUCAUCACAGCCCUCCAUCGGCUCAACCUCUUCGCUUUGCCCUCUGAAGACGCGUAUAUCCUCUCCCGAAAGACCUAUGACCAGGCCCGUGCUGCUGAACCGCCUUUUGCGUGGUCUCUGAAGAACCUCCACUCCUGGCAGGAGUUGUUUGCAUGUGCACUCACGCGUGAGAAGCCACACGUUCACUUUGCCUCCCGGCUUUACACGGACUUGAUUGCGGAUGGUCUACACGUCCCUCGCGAACAGGCGCUCCUCAUGCUACGUUGCGUUGGUGCCAAACCCUCUCCCUCGCGCCCCAUACUCCUCGAAAGACACAUCAAAGACUACAUUUGGUUCGGGUAUCGCGACAAGACGGCCUUCAUCCACGCUGUCGUUAAGGGCCUCACGGGAAAGGGAGUGAAGGAUGCGGAGCUAGCGUUGACUUUGGCAGAGAGGCUGAGCGCGGGGAUGGGCGAGGGGGCGGAACUGGAGCCGAUUGUGUUGGAGUUGAUCAUCGUCAAUUUGGCCCGCUCUUCCAACCCUCGUGUCCGUCAGAAGUGCAUCAAUCUUCUACAUCGACUACCCCCCGGUACUGCCACCAGAUCAUACAACACCGUUCUUUCCUUUCUUGCCUCCCAAUCGCGCGCGAACCCGUCUGUGAACGCCGAGGAUGAACUAUCCCCUAGACAAGUCCUCACCUUGGUCAUUACGAUCUACAAGGAUAUGGUGGAUCGAGGCGUGGCCAGAGAUGGGAGGACAACAAGCACGUUGCUUAGGACCUUGACAGACAAUGGUCUUCUUGAUGAGGGGAUUAAAGUGCUCGAAAGCUCACUUCAGCAUGAUAUACUACCCAAAAGUCAUGCCAUCGGUCGUCUGAUGGUCCGUCUUGCCCUCUCGGGGCGCCUUACUGAAGCUCUUUCGGUUGAGAAGUCUUGGAGACAAGCCAUCAAGGGCAUCGUUGGCGGAGUCCUGAAGGAGAAUAAAGUCUGGGAUCUGGCUGUGGUCGGAGCAAGAGCGUUGGUGGAUGUCAAGAUGGGUGAAGAGGUAGAUUUUGCAGAGUUGGAGAGGCAGACAGGAUGGGUGGCGAGUAAGGAGUAUAUGGUGUUUUUGCGGGACCAGAAGCCUCGUCUGGGGAGUGCGACGAAGGAGGGGGAGGCAGGCGAGGAAAGGUUAGUGCAGGGCGCGCAGGCUGAGGAUAGGCUGCAUGGUAUCGAGUCGCAGGAAGGUAGGCAUCUAGGAUGGCUGUAA